AUGGCGACACCAGAUCCAGAAACAAUCUUGAGAUCCUUAAAUAAGGCUCAGCGCCGUGCAGUUACAUCCAAUUCAUCCACAGUGGCUAUAUUGGCAGGACCAGGUAGCGGUAAAACUCACACACUGACCUCCCGCCUUGUAUGGCUGAUCCAACGGGCGGGUUAUCAGCCCGCCGACGUCAUUGUCGCGACCUUCACCGUCAAAGCAGCUCGGGAAAUGAAGAAUCGACUCGGCAAAAGGCUAGGUGAAGAAGUCGAGAAAAAGAUUGUGCUAGGGACUUUUCAUUCUAUUGCUCGACGAUACCUGGCAGUUUACGGCAAGCGAAUUGGCCUGGACCCAAAAUUUGGAAUCGCAGACGACGGCGACUCCCGAGCUAUUAUUCAGAGAAUAAUCAAACGUCAUAAGCUUCAAAUUGAACCUCAACAUGCAAAAGGUUGGAUAAGCAAGAAGAAAUCCAAGGGGACGACACCAAUACCAAGACAGAAUGGCAAGCAGCCACAGGACAAUGCAGCGCUCAAUGAGUGCUACAAGGAGUACCAGGAGCAUCUCGCCAGGUCCAAUCUUCUUGACUAUGAUGACCUCCUGGUUCGAUGUGUCGAACUUUUGGAAGAUCAUCCCUCGUGCGUCUCCAAUGUUCAGGCUGUUCUCAUUGAUGAGUAUCAAGACACAAAUGGCAUCCAAUAUGACCUCAUGAGGCUUUUUGCACAGGCACGGCAGCGGAUAACUAUCGUGGGAGAUCCUGAUCAGAGCAUAUACGGGUGGCGUUCGGCAGAAAUCAAGAAUUUGUAUCGUCUCUUACGCGACUACCCAGAAACCGAUGAGAUAUCGUUGGAAGAGAAUUAUCGGUCAUCACAGCUCAUCCUCGAUAUGUCGCUACAAGUCAUACAGCAAGAUACGAAGAGAUACCAGAAAGUGCUUCUACCAGUACAUACUAAGGGUACUAAGCCGGUGCUCCGGAAGCUAAGGAGCUCAUCUGGGGAGGGGGAAUGGAUUGUUUCUGAAUUGAGGAGAGUCAUCACAAUGUUUGGAGGGGCGCUAAAGAACGAAGACGUGGCGAUACUGCUACGCUCAGCGUCACUCUCCAGGCAUAUUGAGUCUGCUCUUGGUAAAGCAGGCAUUCCCUAUCGUAUGAUAGGCGGACACAAAUUCUAUGAACGGAAGGAGAUUAAAAUCUUACUUGACUACCUACGGGUGGUCUACCAGCCUGACAACAACGACGCUGUCGCUAGGAUCAUCAACGUACCCAGAAGGGGUAUUGGAGAAGCGACUAUCAAGGCCCUACUAGAGGAGGCGGAGAAGUCGAGGCUCAGCCUAUGGGCGCUCUUAUGGAGACAUUGCCGUGGUGGUCGACAGGCCACAACUAAGAUUCGUCCAAAUAUGGAGCAAAAGUUGAACACUGAGCUUUUGAAAAUCAUCUCUACUUUAAGACAGAAUAUGCGAGAAAUAAACAACUCCGGCAACAUGACGCUAAUGGACCUGAUUGUGCAGUUGACGGACCAGCUGCAGUUCCAAAAGUAUUUGGAGGCAGAGUAUCAAGACGAUUAUGAACAGCGUUGGGCCAACGUCCAAGAACUUCUGAGUCUGGCAAAUGAUUUUGUACGAGACUAUGGAGAGUCCGAAGACGAAGCCCUCCCCGAUAUUGAAGACGUCGAACAAGUCAAGGACGAUGACGUCCUGGGAAAAUUCCUCGCCAAUGUCGCUCUCGCAUCCGACGCACAGUCCGACGACAAGGAACAAGACAAAACCUCUCAAGUCACAAUUUCGACCAUACAUGCUGCCAAAGGGUUAGAAUGGCCGGUGGUGUUCGUACCGUCCGUCUAUGAAGGUUCGAUACCUCAUUCUCGAUCUGAGGACAUGGACGAGGAGCGACGACUUCUUUAUGUGGCAAUGACCCGAGCAAAAGCAUUGUUGUAUUUGAGCUGUCCUAUUUAUGGGUCUCAAGGGCUCAGUAAUAAGGUUGAACUCUCACCGUUUGUCUCGAGCUUUUCUGAAUCCUUUGCCCAGAAAGGGCCAUCGUUUAAUAGACCGAUCGUUGAAAGCGUCGGUAGGAUUCUCGACAGAGUGAUACCAACUGAAAAGUCGAUAUUCGACAAGAUACCACCCAUGUUCUGUCCCGAAGACGAUCAAUUUCCUAUUGAUCCUUUCGAUCCAAAGGACCCUGAUGGUCUUGAACCACACGGCGACGGUCAGUACGGCAGAGCAUCAAAAAGGCAAAAGAUACAGCCCUUGCCAGACAGGGGCGCCGCUAUGCAGGAGAUGCGAUGGAAACCAGAUUAUGCUACGACAAUGGAACAGUCAUCAGGUUUCACCAUGUCCUCGCUGCCCGGGUUCGUUAGUGCCGGAGCACAUCGAGCGGCGUUGACUGCAUCUGGUAUUGAUGCAGAGGCAGCACGGAAUACCGCUUCAAAACGGAAUACCAAGGGAACGACGAACCGUCAACCUAAUCAGCAAAGCUUACUUGGCUUCGUCACCACAGAUUCCAAAGCGAUUUCAGCACCUUCUGCCACAAAAUCCGCACCGAAAGAUUAUUCGCUGGCCCGAUAUCAAGCAGCCGCAUCACGAGUCGCGCGUCAAUCACUGCCUCAACCUGUUGUUAUCAAUAACAGUCCACAGGAAGCUACAAUAGCCCCUGAAUUCGCAAAACACAAAAUCCUGGGUGCCAAAUCUAUUUCACGGCAGAGUACCGUGAAGAAAUCGGCAGGGGAAGCACCUGGAAAACAGUACGCUUGCUUUUCGAGCUCACCCCCUCGGCAGGUAUCCCCAGAGCCGCAAAAGGAGGAACCGCGUCCUACAGCAACCACUUUCCAACGCCUAGCAACAAGUUUCCACUCAACGACAUUCACAUCCAUGAAACCGGUAGGGGGAAUAAGGCGGCCCGUUGGCCUCGGUCCACCACCAUCAAUGGAUCGUCUCCGGAAGCCAUUCAAGCCUCUUACGAUUAAUCGUCCACGGGGCCCACCAGGUGGUUCAUAA